GACCCUUGUGUGUUCGAUUGUCACUUGAAACACAUUGAAACCAUCUAUUUUCUAGUUGUUAUUAUUUUUUUAACUCUGUGUUUAUUGUCGAAAAAUGUCACUGCCAGAACAACUCAGUAUUAAAGGUUCGGAUGGACACGAUGUUCUCAUAAAUUAUCAAAUAAUCUCGAAUAAGCUCAAAAAACGAUUUUUGCGUAAACCAAAUGUCGCAGAAGCAUCUGAACAGUUUGAGGCUUUGGCAAUCAGUUGUGAACAAAAGGAUCUACAUCACUACGCUGGUUGCUGUUGGCUUGCAGCGGCUAGAUGUCAAGGCACUAUUGGAAAUUCCAUAACAGAAAUAAACCUUUUAAUCAGAGCUGGUCGUCAGUUUUUGUUAUCCAACAAAAAGAGCAACAAUAUAGGGUGCCUUUCAAUAAGCCAAGAAGAUCAUCAAGCAGCAAUAAAUACUUUUAAUCAUACUCUGACAAGAUGUGAAACCAAAGAACAUUUUGGAGUCAUGGCGGCUGGGCUGGCCAUAGAAUUAGCUACUGCGUUAGGAGCUAAUACUGAAGGAAUUGAAUAUCUCUAUAAAUCUGUCCAUGCCCAUUCAACAGUUAAAGCUAUCAACAUGUUGGUUUCAUAUUAUGUUAAGCAAGGAAAUUAUGUAUCCGCAUUACAUGUCUUAAAUGAAUUGGUAGAAAUGAUUGAAAAUCAUACUGGCUCAAAGUGUACAGGAUACUACAGAGAUAUCUUACACGACUGUGAAAUAAACAAAGUAUUGUUACUGUUAAUUCUCAGACCCUCUCCUCAAAGACUCGCACCCUCGCUAGCUCAAGUCUUGGAAAAGUAUGCUUGGGCUGAAGAUAAUACUCCCACUGUAUCGACUAUGCAGGAAGAUAAAAUGAUACUGUUACAAUCGCUCGUCUUGGCUUGUCAAUCAAGAAAUUAUGAAUCUCUAUUGGAACUGGAAAAUGAAUUAUGGUCAUUUUUUAAUACCGAACAGAAGGAACUGUUACAAAAGCUGAUCAGAACCUACAGAAAGGACUGAUACUUUGGGAUCGAUCAGACUAUUAAUGUUUGUAAAUAAAUUAGAAUGUAUAAAACUGUUGAAAAUGAAAACUUUUAUAUGAAUACGUUAAAGUAUACGAGA